UCUCUCCUCAUAUACCCUGCUUCCUUCCAUGGAACCCAACAACAAUCAGCCCGCGGCCACGGCCGAGGAAGCUGCGGCAGGCAGCGGCCCCGGCGGAGAAGGCGGGCGGAAGGGCAAGGCGCCCAAGGGCGGGCCCGAGAACGGCAAGUUCCGGUACCGCGGCGUGCGGCAGCGGAGCUGGGGCAAGUGGGUGGCGGAGAUCCGGGAGCCGCGGAAGCGCUCCCGCAAGUGGCUCGGCACCUUCGCCACCGCCGAGGACGCCGCGCGCGCCUACGACCGCGCCGCGCUCCUCCUCUACGGCCCCCGCGCGCACCUCAACCUCACCUCCCCGCCGCCGCCUACGCUCGCCGCGCCGCGCUCGCACCCGCACUCCUCCGCGACGUCGUCGUCGUCUGCCCCGCCAGCGCUCCGGCCGCUCCUGCCGCGCCCGCCGCUGCACCAUCAGCUCUCCAGCGGCGCCUGUGCUCCUGCACCGGAUUUCCACCACCACCACCAGCAGUUCCAGUGCCACCACCUCUUGCCGCAGGCGCAGCCGACACCGCCGCUAUACUACGCCAACACGGCCACGGCGUCCACGGUCACCACCACUGUGCCGACACGGGUGGCGGUUCCGCAGGAGCCGGCCGUCGCGCCCGCAGUAGGUUCCUCGACAUCUCUACAGGAGCCGCAGGCGAGUACGCCGGAGGAGGCGCCCAGGGAGACAGGGUGGGACUACCACGGCGGCGAGGAGGAGGACUACGCGGCGGCGCUGCUCUGGGACGAGCCGGAGCCCUUCUUCUGGUUUGAUGUCUUCCUCAAGUGAUGAUCAGCACGACGCUUCUUAAUUGCGUGCCGGUUGCCAGCACCCUGCUUGGUCGGUUUGAAGUUUCGGAGUGACGGCAGCUCAUGCUCCUGCAUCUGCAUCACUGCACUGCAUGCAUGUGUUGUAGGGAGUAAUUAAGCAAGCAAGAAAGGUAGAUAGGCUUACUAGCUAGGGUUUCUGAUUCCUUUGUAAUAAAUUAUUUUUAGAUUUUUUUUAAUCUCAUUCUUCUUCUUUUUCCCCUGAGAGUGUGAUUGAGGUAUAGUAAGGUGAGGUGGUAUUACAGGGAGGGAUUUAGGGUUCGCUGUUGAUUUACAGA